GUGAAGUACAGCUAUCCCAUUAUAUCCUAGAUACUUAGGGAUGUUUUGGGUGAUAGGCCUGUAUACAUGUCUUGAUGCAACACUGCACAUGCUGGCAUAAUCAGCUGGCAUUUGUGCAUCUUAUGCUCGAGAAUAACACCUUCUUGUGUCUUUGAAUGAUGAUCAGACCUCUUCCUACCUCCUACAGUACUGCUGGAAACAUUAGAAUAUCGCUAAUCUUUCAGAAAAAUGUCUGCCGACGCGCAUAUCUUUUCCGUGUGGACGUGCAAAUUUAAGCUAGAUCCGGUCCGUUCCUGACAAACAUAUGCUUAUUGCUCAUCCCGUCACUGGCAUGCCUGCAGAUGUCGAAUCAGCCCGACUGAGUAAUCGGGUCUUUACAAUCCAUACGAGAGCAAUCUGCACCCCUGUCGAUAGAAACUGGAUAAAUCGCAGUGGUGAUAAUGGCCGAGCUAUUGAAAACAGACUGGGGCGAGUCCGGAUUCCAGACUCAGGUGAAUGCAGCCCACUCGCCUGACUCCGAACAGGUCAGUGAGAAGAAUUGGGUCUCGUCCGAUGAUGGGCAAUCUGCCUCGAAGGAUGUCUUCGUCAGGUCAAUUGCUGGAUUUAAGUGGAUUCUCGUCGUGACGGCCAUCUUGUCCAGCCGUAUGCUCUUUGCGCUGGACAACACCAUCGUCGCCAAUAUUCAGCCGGGGAGCGCCUCUCCCGACCGCCACUCAACAGGAGAAGGCGAAGAAUAUCGACUGGGUGGCUCUGACUGGCCCUGGGGCGGUGAUUGUUCGAUUGCACUUUUUGUCGUGGCGGGAAUUUUGUUCAUCGUCUUCGGUGUGCAGCAGACGUUUCACAUUUGCUGCAAUGAGAAGAAUCGACUGUUCCCCAUCCACUUCCUCAAGAGACGCUCCUUGCCCAUCCUCUUCAUCCUGAACACCUGUGCCAGCAGCGGACUUUUCAUUUCCGUCUACAAAAUUCCGUUGUUCUUCCAGUUCACUAUGGGUGACACUGCGAUUAAAGCCUCCCUGCGCUUACUGCCCUUCGUGCUGGUGCUUAUCUUCAUCAUCAUCAUGAAUGGCCAUAUGAUGACCAAGUUCGGCUAUUAUCUGCCGUGGUAUGUAUUCGGGUGUACCCUGGAGCUGAUCGCCGCGGCCUUGGUGUGUAAGCCUCCCAUUCCUCUGCACGACCCACUCUUCGGUGGCAUUUUGAAUAACUUCGUCUCAGUCGUGGUUAAGACUGGUACCUCUGCGAGUGCGAUCUAUGGCUAUACCUCCCUCAUGGCGCUGGGAGUGGGCGCAUUCAAUCAGGCCGGGUACAGUGUCGUCCAGGCGAAGGUGAAGACCAGCGAGAUUCCAUGGGCGCUAGGAUUUAUGAUGGUUUCGCAACUCGGAGGAAUUGUCAUCGGCCUGGGAACAGCUGGCGCGAUCUUUGUCAAUGAAGCAACCGAGGGAUUGCUAAAGCUCCUCCCCGAGGUAGACCCUGAAGUGGUGAAAAAUGCCAUCGCGGGGACCAGCAGCUCCCUGUUCGACACGUUGACCAUUGAUGAGAGAGCCAAGGCAUUAGACGUGAUUGUUCAUGCAAUUAACCAAGUGUAUAUCCUCCUUAUUACUGCUGGAGCGAUGGGGGUCGUUCUUUCAGUCUUCCUCAAGAGCGAGAAGCUGUUCCUCGAGGUAGCUGCGGGUGGCGCAUAG